GCACAGGGAGGCCUGGAAGCUGCAGGGUUCAAGUAGCAUCAAGCUUUAGACUACCGGUAGCAACCAGAGUCCAUCAUGAACGGCGCUCCCAAGAACAAGACCGGGGGGAUGACGUUUGCAGAGCAGCAGUUACAGAGGCACGGCUGGAAACAAGGCAAAGGGCUGGGGAAACGAGAGAACGGCAUCUCUGAAGCCAUCAAAGUGAAAGUGAAAUGCGACACAGCUGGGGUGGGUCACGACCCAGCAGAGCAGUUCACUUUCCAUUGGUGGGAUCACCUCUUCAACAAGUCGGCUGCGAACAUCUCGGUGGAGGCUGGGCAGGAUGGCGUCCAAAUGAAAAAGCUCUCUGAGCAGGACGGGGAAAUCAGCAACAAGAAGCCCCGCAAAGCACCCAGUGCCAGGAGCAUGCUGUACGGCCGCUUUGUGAAGGCGGCAACGCUGACAGCAGGAGGGGAGGAGCCAACGAAGCAGGUUUCCACCUCGGAGAGCAGCGAGGACGAGGAGGAGAAAUUGGACCUGUCCAGUGUUAGGAAGCUGACGGAUGAGGAGCUGGUCCGAGCCUGCGGCGGCCGCACUGCGCACAAGGGAGCCCGUCACGGUCUGACCAUGAGUGCCAAGCUGGCCCGGCUCGAGGAGCAAGAGCAAGCCUUCCUGGCUAAGUACAGCCAGAAGGAGGAGCAGAGAGGCGGCGCCCCAGAGCGUCAGCAGGAGGCAGUGGCGGGUGCCUCGGCCCCGGAAAACAGCAACCCGGCUGAGAGGCGGCAGAAAGCCAAGAAGAAAAAGCGGAAGAGAUCCAAAGAGAGGGGGGGUUGUGCCGAGGAGGAGGAGGAGAGGCGGGCCAGGAAGAGGAGGAAGAAGAAAAAGAAAGAGAAGGGGAAAGUGGCGAAGGGUUUGGAGAGCGAGUUGCCGGACUCAAGGGAGCAGCCUGAGGGGAAGACGGACCAGGACAGCCGCAGGGAAAGGGCCAAAAAGAAGAAAAAGAGGAAGGGGCAGUGAAUGGGGGCUCAUCCUGUUUGAGGGGGGUGCCACCCUCCGGCCUGCUAUGAACCCGCCGCACAUUCAUCUCCUGCUGCGGGGCCUCUUCCCAGUCACUCAGCAACCGCGCUUUAGCCCACGUUUCCCACCCCCGCUUUGGCUGCAGGGGUUAACGGGCCGGCCCUCUUACCCAAGGGGGCCGCUCUGUGCACAAGUACGUGGGUGGAAAGACAUGGCUAGUGUCCGACUGCUGGAAAAGAGCCACUGGGGAGUUUAUAGCCGGGGUGGGGGUUUUUCCUCCUCCAGGAUCUAACCCUGAUGCUGCUGGAGCCCAGCCGGAAGCAGAUGCUCUUAGGGCUUGUCCACACAGCAGGUUACUGCGUGAGGCACUUUCAGUGCAUUGCAGCAGCGUCCACACGGGAUGUUACUGCGCAGCAGGUUCACCGCACAGUAACGUGCUGUGUAGACAAACCCUUUGACCCCGGACAAGGCGGAGCAAAGAGGAGACUAAAAAUACCCCUCACAGCACUGAUCACAACCACUGAACACGGCUCUGCCCUGCAAGGGAAUCAGCUGAUCACGCCACUUGUGAAUAACUCAAUUCUCCAGCUUUUGCAUCCCGUUUCUGGCUGUUGCGUCCCAUGAGGGGUUGAAACCCCAGUAGUGGCGGUGGGAGUUUUGCUGCGGACUUCACGGGGCCAGGGUUUCACCCGCUGUAUGUUUGCAGCAUGGGUCAGAUGAGAAGAGAGGGAAGGAAAGGCCAAUGCAGAGAGAUUUUUAGUGUCAAUAAAUCUUUUAUUGCAGAGAAAAAACAAGGUGGAUUUUAUAUACACAUCAGCGGUGGCUACAGCUGUAAAGCCCAUGGAACGCAGGCCCUUCCGUGUGUAGUAUAUUAAACAGAGUUCACGUCAGAGCUUCGUUUCUAGACCCACCUGUAACUCCCAACAAAUCCACGCCCCCCCUUUUAAUGAACUUUAACCCUUUGGUUCUGAUCCAAAGCCUCCCGCCGACG